GUUUUUCUUCUUUUUUUUUUUCUUCUUUUCCCUUUUUUGUCGUCUGUUGGUUUUGCGCCAUUGCAGAUUGCAGUAGCCGAGAUGGGUUUAGACCGUGACCGUAUUUUCUCUUGUGUAGCCUUAUCCUGAGAGCUCCGAGCACGUGAUAGCAAUAUGAACGUGAAAAUGCACGCGCAGCUUUGUCUCGUGGAACCUUGCCAGCGGUAGUGUGCUGCGCCCACGAUGAAUCGACCGCCGCCCAAGGUCAAGUCGGACCCGGGGUACCCGACCCGUGCCGCGGCGGAUGCGGCGGCGCACCAGGCCAGGGCGCAGUUCCCGGGCAACUCCCCGACGCCGGCAUCCAACUCGACCUCGGCGCUGGCCAGCCUCUUCGAGUGCCCUGUCUGUUUCGACUACGUGCUGCCGCCCAUCCUGCAGUGCCAGAACGGCCACCUCGUCUGCUCCUCGUGCCGCCAGAAGCUGACCUGCUGCCCGACCUGCCGCGGGCCCAUAGGCAACAUCCGCAACCUGGCAAUGGAGAAGGUGGCCAACUCGGUCUUCUUCCCGUGCAAGUACUCGUCCACGGGUUGCCCCGCCCUGCUGUCCCACUCGGAGAAGCCCGAGCACGAGGAGACCUGCGAGUUCAGGCCCUACGUAUGUCCAUGCCCUGGGGCUUCCUGCAAGUGGCAGGGAUCCUUGGACCAAGUGAUGGCUCACCUGGUUCACUCCCACAAGUCCAUCACCACCCUGCAGGGGGAGGACAUAGUGUUCCUGGCCACGGACAUCAACCUGCCGGGGGCCGUGGACUGGGUCAUGAUGCAGUCGUGCUUCGGCCACCACUUUAUGCUGGUGCUGGAGAAGCAGGAGAAGUACGACGGGCACCAGCAGUUCUUCGCCGUGGUGCAGCUCAUCGGCUCGCGCAAGCAGGCCGACAACUUCAUCUACCGCCUGGAGCUGAACGGCCUCAAGCGUCGCCUCACCUGGGAGGCCACUCCCCGCAGCAUCCACGAGGGCGUUCAGGCGGCCAUCAUGAGCAGCGACUGCCUCGUCUUCGACACCAGCAUCGCCCAGCUGUUUGCCGACAGCGGCAACCUCGGCAUCAACGUCACCAUCUCUCUCUCGUAAGCGCGCGUCCACGCCGCCGCAGUGCCCGAGACGUGUCUCGGACCGGCGUGUGUACCGCCGUCGAAAGUGAUCCCUUGAUUUGAACCCGACGACGACGUGCCGUCGCCGGCCGCAAUCUUGGCGGUGCCAAGAGUGGAUGUGGCAGACGUCCGUUCUGCCUCCACAUUGACCGUUUACGGAGGCCACGGCAGCCAGGAGUUGGGACGCCGCGACGACAGCGGCUUGUGCUUUCACUGGAACUUCUACGACCGACUGCCGGGAUCUCGACGUCCGACGACGCGACACCCUGGCUUUUGGGAGAUCAUUUGCUGCCACUUGGGGACAGCUUUUGAGGUACAAACGAGACGGGACGCUAAACGCGCCGGUCGGAGGUGCGUUGCGGGUACCGUGGCGCCGCCGCGAUCGAUCCGUGGACGCUCUACGCGAGAAUUCAACAACACCGACCACCGGGGAACAUUGCAACCACCGUGCGGAACGUGGACGUUUUUAUUGGGACGUGCGUGUUCGGUGACGCGCCACGGCGCACGACGCCCUUCUUGACACCGGCACGGCAAUGCACGGGCGUCGGUCGACGUUCCGGCACUCCUCGCCCCCGCGGGAACUACAGCGCGCUGCUUCGUAUUCACGGCCUCACCGCAACUUACUCUCGUUUGCCGAGACACUGCAUUUGUACAUAUGUUGCAUAGUGAGGAAAAUAAACAACUUUUUUUUUUAGUACUGA